GGCUUAUGCAAUGUCGACCUCCGCCGCUGAGCGUCGCUGUCGCUUGGAAGCUCAGAUUUUUAACCCGGAACGCUUCCUGUCUUAAGACUGAAGUUUUGUUUCCGGAUGUUGAGCUGAGUGUCGAACAAUAAUGGCAUCGCUGUUUACGUGUUGUCUAGGCUGCUGUGGAGAUGGCGGAUCCGGGCAUAUACCCCUGAAGGAGAUGCCCACGGUUCAAUUAGACACUCAUCAUAUGGGCACAGAUGUGGUCAUUGUUAAAAGCGGUCGGAGGAUAUGUGGCACUGGAGGUUGUCUGGCCAACGCCCCUCUGCACCAGAACAAAAGUUACUUUGAGUUUAAGAUCCAGUCCACUGGUGUCUGGGGGAUUGGUGUUGCUACGCAGAAAGUGAAUCUCAAUCAAGUGCCUAUGGGCAGAGACACAAACAGCCUUGUCCUCAGGCAUGAUGGGUCUGUGUACCACAAUAAUGAAGAGAAGAAUCGUCUCCCUGCAAACAGCCUUCCUCAGGAGGGAGACAUUGUUGGCAUCACAUAUGACCAUGUGGAAAUGAAUUUAUAUCUGAACGGAAAGAACAUGCACUGUCCUGCCUCAGGUAUCAGAGGCACCGUUUACCCUGUGGUUUAUGUGGACGACAGUGCCAUCUUAGACUGCCAGUUCAGUGACUUCUACCACACAGCUCCACACGGCUUUGAGAAGAUUCUCUUUGAACAACAAAUCUUCUAAAGAUUUUCUUCAGCUGCAAUUCUUUCUUUACAUUACAUACAUUUCUUUGUCUGUAACUGACGGCCGCCUCUGUGACACUACACUUCGCUUUUAAGUGAAUGUUAUGAUUUGUUAAGAUUAGUGGCUUGAUUGCCUAUUUUAUGCCAGUUUCUCCUUGAUUACUCUUGUCUCUCUGUUGCUUCUGAAUUGAUGAUAGAGUACACCUUAAAGAAGGGGAGACCUAUUACCAUUGGUAAGCUGUGGAUGCCUUUAAACUGAAGGAACAGAAAUGGGUUUUAAUGUUGAGACUGAACAACAUCUUCAGUUGAUGCUUUCCAUCGUCACCCGCUGCAGAAUGCACAUUCCAAGGAUAAAAAAAAAUGAGGCCCCCACAUCUCAGAGGGCUGCAGAGGUCUUCAAAACAGCUUUGCAUUUUCCUUACACUUGUCCUGAAGUGUUUUUAUGGAAUAUUUAUUCUAUCUAUGAGCGCAUCACUAGAGUGUGGUGCUGUUGUUCUCUCUGAUAAGAGAUCUGUGGGUUACAAAUGUCAACCUGUUGUGUUGUAUUGAGAUUGUUUUGUUUAUCCUACGCUGAAGUUAUGUUAUAAAUGCUUGUAUUUGUUUGCACUUACUGAAGCUACUGUACAACCAUAUCCAAAUAUUGUUGAUUCAAUAAAGUUUUUUGUCUGAAAGCA